GCGGGGAUGGGCCGGGGGCGGGGCGGCAGCAGAGGGGAAUGAAUGGGGCCCGUGGCUGUGGCGGGACCCCGGCGCGGUGGCGCGAAGUGGGUCCGGGAAUUCAGCGGGCACCAGGCCGAGCCGCCUCCGCCAGGUCUGUGCGAGGGGCCCGUGCGCGCGGGGCGGUGUCAGAGCGAAAGUGGAUCACGGCGGGGGCCAGCGCCCCGGGCAGGGCGGGACCAGGCUUGCGUGCCCCGGCCUGAGCCGGGGCGUCUCCCGCGUUCCCGGGCGGCCCCGCCUGCGCGGCUGGCCCCCUGCCCGGCUUCCCGGACCGCCCUUCCCCCGACGCCCCCCUUUCCUCACUGGGCAUCCGCGCCGGAUCCCGUGGGAGGCGCACCGGACCGGACGGCGACAUCGGAGCCUGACGCCGACUGUUCGGUGCCCGCAGCGGCCAGGGCCAUGGGCACUCCGGCCUCGGUGGUGAGCGACUCUCCGGGACGGGCGGCGCCCGCAGCCCGCUCCCGUAAGCGGGCCUCGGCCAACAUCUUCCAGGGCGUGGGGCUACGAGAGCUGCGGAGCCUGUUCCGGAGCGGCGGGGCCGAGCGGCCCGAGGAGCGCGCUCGCCUCGUCUGGCGGUACGCGGGCCAGCGGCGCAUGGCACGGGCCCUGCGGCGGCUUCGGCGACCAGCCCAGCCCGGCGGUGGGAUGGCAGCGCUGCGGCGCUUCGAACACCUUCGGAUCGCGGAGAAGAAGCUGGAGUGUAACUGCCGGGGCGAGACGGGCUCGGGGUCCACGUAGCAGCGCUGAGCAGCUGGGCCGUGGAGAGCGGUUCUCCAAGGACCCUAAGUGUACUGGGCAGGGUGCAAUGAGUGCUUAAUAAAGGGUGGACAGUG